AUGCGUGAAUGCAUAUCUAUACAUGCUGGACAAGCAGGUGUACAAAUUGGUAAUGCCUGCUGGGAAUUGUAUUGCUUAGAACAUGGAAUCCAGCCAGAUGGACAAAUGCCAUCAGACAAAACCGUAGGAGGAGGCGAUGAUUCUUUUAAUACUUUUUUUAGUGAAACAGGUGCAGGAAAGCAUGUGCCAAGAGCAGUUUUCAUUGAUUUGGAACCCACAGUGGUAGAUGAAGUGCGAACUGGCACUUACAGGCAGUUAUUUCAUCCCGAACAGUUAAUUACUGGGAAAGAAGAUGCAGCAAACAACUAUGCCAGGGGUCAUUAUACUAUAGGAAAGGAAAUCGUGGAUCUAGUUUUAGAUAGAGUACGUAAAUUAGCCGAUCAGUGUACUGGUUUGCAAGGCUUUCUUAUAUUCCAUUCCUUUGGAGGAGGUACUGGUUCUGGAUUUGCCUCUCUACUAAUGGAAAGGUUAUCUGUGGAUUACGGUAAAAAAUCCAAAUUAGAAUUUGCAAUAUACCCAGCGCCACAAAUAUCUACUGCUGUAGUUGAACCUUAUAAUUCUAUUUUAACUACACAUACAACAUUAGAACAUUCGGAUGCAGCUUUUAUGGUUGACAAUGAGGCUAUAUAUGAUAUUUGUAGAAGAAAUUUAGAUAUAGAAAGGCCUACAUAUACAAAUCUAAAUAGACUUAUCGGGCAAAUUGUUUCUUCAAUCACGGCUUCUCUUCGUUUUGAUGGAGCAUUAAAUGUAGAUCUUACGGAGUUUCAAACUAAUUUAGUGCCGUAUCCCCGUAUUCAUUUCCCAUUAGUAACUUAUGCUCCUGUUAUAUCAGCAGAGAAAGCAUACCACGAGCAACUAUCUGUUGCUGAAAUCACUAACGCCUGUUUUGAACCUGCAAACCAAAUGGUAAAGUGCGAUCCUCGACAUGGAAAAUAUAUGGCAUGUUGUAUGUUAUAUCGGGGCGAUGUAGUACCUAAAGAUGUAAAUGCUGCCAUAGGAACAAUUAAAACAAAACGCACAAUUCAAUUCGUGGACUGGUGCCCUACAGGAUUUAAAGUUGGCAUAAACUAUCAGCCACCAACUGUUGUACCAGGAGGAGAUUUAGCAAAAGUACAACGUGCAGUUUGUAUGCUCUCGAAUACAACUGCAAUUGCUGAGGCUUGGUCCAGAUUAAAUCACAAAUUUGAUUUAAUGUAUGCUAAACGAGCUUUUGUUCAUUGGUAUGUUGGAGAAGGUAUGGAAGAAGGAGAGUUUUCAGAAGCCCGUGAGGAUCUUGCAGCAUUGGAAAAAGAUUACGAAGAGGUUGGCAUGGAUUCUGGGGAAGGAGAGGGAGAAGGUGGAGAAGAAUAU